AUGUCUAGUCAAUCGGGCAUCACAGCUUCCCAGAGUCUUUUGGACUCGUUCAAACAGUUCACACUGUCGAACCGACGGUUCUUUGGAAUGAGAAUCGUCGGCGAAAGCAUUGAAGCGGUCAAUGAGUUUGAUUCCGUAGGCAGCGACUGCGGCAGAUCGCUCUCCCAUGACUUUGAUUCUCUUCACACGCGUCUCUCUGACACCGACCCUAUGUACUUGGUGGUUCGCCGGAGCGACGUUUCCAAUGGGGCUGCUUAUAUAUUUAUAUCGUAUGUACCCGACGCCGCCAGAGUGCAUGACAAAAUGAUCUACGCCGCCAGUAAAAACACGAUUUUGCGGAACCUUGGAUCUCAGCGAUUUCAGCCGAUCCUCUUCAUCAACUCCGCGAACGAGUUGAGCGGUGAAGGUUGGAGACAGAGCGAAAUUAGUGAGCGGGCCGCCGAAAGGCCGCUUACUGAGGCGGAAAGAUCUUUAGAGAAGAUGAGGCGGGACGAAGCGGUGCUUACGGGUACUCGGAAACAACGAUUGGCUCGCAACGAGGCCCGCGGAGUUAGCUUUGCUGUGGACGCGGGGUUGAAGCGGGCAUUGGACGAGAUUACGGCGGGCCGCAAUGUGGAUGGCGGUGAGGGCGGUGAGAGCGGUGAGUGCGGUUCUGGAUUUCUUGUCACCGCGUUGAUCGAUGGAGAAGAGCUAAAGUUGGCGGCGCAAACAACGUUCGCCGACAUCCGCCGCAAUCUCAUCAAAGCUCUAAAGUCAGACGAACCGUCGUAUAACGUUGUUCUUUGGAAUGGGCGGUACUUCUUUAUCUACUGCUGUCCGUCAGGCUCGAAAGUGCGGGACCGAAUGAAGUACGCCGCCAAUAGGCUUGCGUUUUCAAAGAGCAUCGAGCAAACCGGUGUUGAGUUAAAGGUUAUCGAGGUGGGUGACCCCGACGAAAUUGAGAUGUCGGUAUUUGAGGCGGAGGAUAUGGAGGUGAAGCAAGACGAGCUGCGCGAGCGGGGCGGCAAGGUUGGAGGAUUAAAGUUUGCAAAGCCCAGAGGACCGCGUCGGCGGUGA